CCCAUCUCAGGCUAAAGCCACCAGGCAGGUGAUCUGGCAAAAAUCAUGACGUCUAAAACGGACAGUCCUCCACCUUAUGAGGACGCAGUACACCAUCCUAAGUAUGGAAACUACCCCCGCCAGCCACAACAUGGCUCCCCUCUUCCACCACCUCCAUCUUACAGCCCCAGUCCUGGUAUGUGCCCGCCCGGCUACUGGGGCCAGGAGGGCGUCUACCCGCAGACUGGCAUGUGGGCAGCCCCUGGCUUCUCUCCAUCUGGGAUGCCUACAUCAAUACCGACUCUGUCGGCUGGAGUGCCUGCAUCCAACUCAGGUGACAUGGAGGAUCUUUUGAGCAGCCAGUGGGAAAGCACAUCUAUUCGGCAUGCCUUCAUCAGAAAGGUUUACUUAAUUUUAGCAGCACAGCUUGCCGUCACCUUUUCAGUCGUUGCCGUCUUUACAUUUGUUGACCCAGUGAGGCUGUUUGUCAUCAAAUACCCUGGCAUCUACUGGGCAUCUUUUGUGGUUUAUUUUUUGGUUUACUGCAUUCUCAUCUGCUGCAAAGAGCCGAGGAGACGUUUCCCAUGGAAUCUUGUGCUGCUGGGAAUAUUUACUCUCGCCUUGUCUUACAUGUCUGGAACAAUUUCCAGCUAUUAUGAAACAAAAGCAGUGUUUCUCGCCAUGGGAAUAACAGCAUUAGUUUGUAUAGCUGUCACAAUCUUCUGCUUCCAAACCAAGGUGGACUUCACCUCCUGUGGGGGACUUCUCUGUAUUGCUGCUGUUUUGCUCAUGAUCAUUGGGAUUGUUACAGCCAUCGUCCUCUCCUUCCAAUAUGUCCCUUGGCUGCAUAUGCUCUAUGCUGCAAUUGGAGCCAUUGUUUACACUCUGUUUUUAGUAUACAACACCCAGCUUCUUAUCGGAAACCGGGAGUUGGCCAUCAGUCCAGAGGAGUACAUCUACGGAGCACUCUCACUCUACGUUGAUAUUGUUCACAUCUUUCUCUUCAUCCUUCAAGUCAGUGGAGCUGUGACUGAAUAAGCCCAUGGUUAGAGCACAUCUUGUCAUGUUUGUACUUAAACAUAAUGCUAAAUGUACAUGAGUGUAAAUGAGGAUGAAUAAUUACCGACUAUCAAUGUUUAACUUCUUAAAUAUCAAUUUGAAUAUAAUGUAUAUAUUUUUUAACAUUUGAGCAGUUUGGUUUAUUCUUGCAUUGUAUCAAGCUGGAAAGUGGAUGUGGAUUUCAUUUACCCAAGUGUGAAUGAGGAGAGAUAUUAAAGCUUUGCAGUCUGUAUAGUUGUAAUUUAAAACGUUGCAUUUUUUGUUUUAGCAAGUGGUAUUUUAGUCAGUCAUCUAUGCAAAAUAUGCAUGUUUAAACAGUGUAAUAGUCUA